CGGCACCGUCGCUGGUUACCCCUGGCGACCGGCUUGUUGGAAAAUCACCAUCUCCAUGCUGUGCUGUGCUGCGGUUGCCACGGCAACAUGCUGCGACAGCAAACCCCCGUCAGCAUCAGAGCAGUAAUCGUUGUCGUAGGCUGAGUCUCAAUCUCCGCCUCGAAGCCUGAGCACUGAACGCCAUGUCUGCAGUGUGUGUGUGUGUGUGUGUGUGUGUGUGUGUGAGAGACGCCAGCUAAGAGCCUAACCUGGGCUCAAACCGUUUUAUUUAUUGUCACCACGCUCAAAGAAAAACCACCUCAAAACACAUAAAACUCAACAACUUCAUAAGAUUAAAACAGAAACCUUCAACAUGUUUUCUUAACUUGAGUUUGUUUCUUUUGAACGCAGAAAAAAAAAAAAACAUCAAUAAAACCUUGCAGAGGAUUUCACUUUCACAUCUUUAGUUUCUGAUCAGGUCUUCAGGGCACCGGUGGCCUAGUGGUUGUUGUGCGUACCCCAUGCGAGGAGGACGUGGUUUCAGGUUUAAAAUAAUAUUUAUCUCUAAUUCAAAGUUAAUAUUUUUGGGCUGUAAAGCUCAAUAAAUAAAAACUACAAAUAUGGAGUUGGGGGGGGGGGGGUUCUCCCGUCUCUUGGGCCCCAAACUCCUCCAGUCCGCCCCUGUUAGUCAGAAAACAUCCACCCUCAUCUUCAUCAGCCGGAGCUUCAUCAGCCAGCGGACACACAGACAGGAAUCACAGGUGGACGGAGAGACAGACAGGUGGAGAGAGAGACAGACAGGUGGAGAGAGAGAGAGAGAGAGACGGACAUGAUGAGUGCUGCCUUCACGGACCUCCUCCUCCUCUGAAUCACGGAAGAACACCACCAUGAAGCGUUUGAUGGCGCUCUGCUGUGAACCGCGUCUCUCUGGUACAGACGUGUAGCGAUGGUGUAUGCUCAGUCUUCAAAUACAGUCGGAGUCAACCCAUCCCUCUACUCUCCAUCUUUCACAUAUCAGAUGUCAUUUAACUACUCUGCGAAGGAAAACGCGACUGUCCUGGCAACCUUACCCACAACCCCCCUCUGCAGCCUCGAGGGCCAGCUGAACCGGACCUCGGCGUCCUAUGAGCUGACGACGGGCGAGGCGGUCGUCCUGGGAUUGGUUUUCGGGGUCCUCUGGUUGGUCUCCAUCCUGGGAAAUGCCCUCGUCUGCCUGGUCAUCCACCGGAGCCGGCGGACUCAGUCCACCACCAAUUACUUCGUGGUGUCUAUGGCCUGCGCGGACCUGCUCAUGAGCCUGGGUUGCGCCCCGUUCAUCCUCCUUCAGGUCGCUGCGGGACAAUGGCCGCUGAGCGCCGCGGCCUGCAAGAUCGUGCGCUACCUGCAGCACCUGUGCGCCGGCGUGCAGGUCUACGUCCUGCUCUCCAUCUCUGUGGACCGCUUCUACACGAUCGUCUACCCGCUCAGCUUCAAGGUGUCCAGAGAGAAAGCCAAGAAGAUGAUCCUGGCCUCGUGGUUGUUCGACGCCGCCUUUGUGUCGCCCUGCCUCUUCUUCUACGGCUCCGCGUCUUCAGUCAGCGGUCACUGUGACUUCUUUCUCCCGGACAGCUGGGGCAGUAUAACCUACGCCGCCUUUCACCUCCUGUUUGGUUAUCUGGUCCCGGUUGGGCUGCUGGUGUCGUUCUACCAGCGGGUCGUUCGCUACAUCUGGAGGAUAAGCGCCGACGGACACACAGUGCGCCGGACGAUGAACAUCGUCCCGCGGACUAAAGUCAAGACCAUCAAGAUGUUCCUCAUGCUCAACACAGUUUUCUUCCUCACAUGGACGCCCUUCUACAUCGCCCAGCUGUGGCACCCCAGGGAGUCCGACGGACCCGGUAGGCGGGGCCUGCUGUUCUUCACGGCCAUCGCCUGGAUCUCCUUCAGCUCCUCGGCCUCCAAACCGACCCUGUACUCGGUCUACAAUGCAAACUUCAGACGGGGCAUGAGGGAGACCUUCUGCAUGUCGUCGAUGAAAUGUUACCGCAGUAAUGCGUACACCAUCACGGCCAGCUCCCGCAUGGCCAAAAAGAACUACAUCGGGGUGGUGGAAAUCCCGGCGCAGGCUAAGACGGGUACAAAGGACUCGGUUUACGAUACGUUUGACCGAGAGGGGAAGGAAAAGAAGGUCGCAUGGACCACUAACGCCAACCCUCCAAAUACUUUUGUCUAAGUGAGUCGGGACGGUCUCAGACUUUGAACGUAGAAAUGAACUGAAACAGCACAGUGUCAGUGUUGACAGGUCAGCUAGCUGGGACUAACAUGCUAGCCCCCCCCCC